UAUUCAGUCGGAAGCGGUCACCUCCUGGCAAAAAUAAACCGAUUCUAUUUAAAACAACUAAAUUUAAAUUCCAAAGAAAGGGGAGACCAGCAAAAUGACCACGCUGUGUCGCACGUGUGGCCAGGAGGCGGAGCAUGCCAGGACCCUCUUCGACAAGGAAGGCAGCGACGUCCUGCACAACAUUCUCCGGCUGACGGGGAUUCUGCUAAGUAACGAGCCCGGCGUGCCGACGAUGAUCUGUUUGUCCUGCCUGCUGGACCUGAAUGAAGCCAUUGCCUUUCGGGAGCGCUGCAUCAAAACCAACAACUCUUGGUUCCAGGAUCAGGACCAAGAAGAGGAUUUGGGUGCUUUAACUGAGGAAGUCAUUGGCCCAGAAGAACCUUUCCCAGUUCUGGGGAAAAUUCCACCAAAACGCAGUAGAACACCGGAAGAGAUUCAGUAUAAAGCCAUUGAUGCCCCUACGACACCUCGGGACGUUCCUUCUGCAAUUUUCGUGGAUCCCCUGAACUGCGACUACAUUAUCCAUGUGAAGAACGAACCCAUGGUUUCAGAUGAGGAACCUGAGGAAUCAGGAAACCAAGAAAUCAUAGAAGAGUUACCCGGAAACCAAGAUGCCGUGGAAGAGAAAUCCAGAAACCAUGAAAGCUUGGAGGAACAACCAUCUCCCGAAAGAACAAAACGAGGACGAACAUCCAAGACACGUCAGGCGAAGUCCAAAGAGUGCUCAAAAGAUAAGCCAAACGAGAAAAAUGUCGAUUAUCUCCCCGUUAAAAGAAAAAAGACCAAAGAAGAGAAAUAUGCCACGCGAAAUAAGUGGGCGGCAGAGAAAAGAGCUAUUGCAAAGGAGAAGAAACUCUACUUCUGCGAUCAAUGUGGAAAAACCUUCAGCGAAAAGGGCAACUUCAAUGUCCAUCUCACGCGGCACAAGGGCACCAAGGAGUUCCAGUGCAAGGAAUGCGACCGCAGGGAGUUCACACAACAUUUGCUCAAUUUGCACGUGCGGGUCAAGCACCGUGGAGAACUGCCCUAUGUGUGCAAGUUCUGUGGCCAACGAUUCGACAACUGCCUCAAGCGGUUGUUCCACGAGCGGAAACACGAGGAGGACCCCAACCACAGACCAUACGUGUGUUCCAUCUGCAAUAAGGGCUUCAAAAAAAAGGAGGUGCUCAAGAACCACGGCGUGACUCACACAGGCGAACAGCCAUUCCAUUGCGAGCUCUGCCAGGCUCACUUCAAUCGCAGGAACAGCCUGGCAACCCAUUUUAAGUCUAAGCAGCAUCAAAAGAAAGUCCUGGAGCAGGCCAAGGUACAGGGUGGCGGAGGCAAAACUGAGCUGAAGGAAGAGUAAAGCAUUGUUUCCAUUUAAAGUUAACGCAGUGUUAAAAUUGACACUCACAACGCGACGCCUGCAGUAUUUUAGCCAUCUACUCAGAAGCGUUAUUCUUUUCUGGUAAACAGAAUUGCUCUCCAAAUAAAUACAAAUAUUAAAUUUAAAGAAG